UUGAUGGGUUAAGAUUGGAGUAGCGCGUUUUAUGGAAUGUAAAAUGACUGUUUCCAUUCAAUGUGUGAAGAGGAAAAACCAUUCAUUCAGCAAAAGAAAGAAAGAAAAAAAAAAAAGAGAAAAGAGAAUACACAUUUACACCAUCCCUAGAGAGGGAGAUAGUUCUCUCUCCCUCUUUGUUAGGCCUUGUUGUUUCUUUUUGGCUUUUGGGAAACAAAUCAACAGCCAUGAACGACAAGGCUUCCGUUUCCAAGGAGCUUAAUGCCAAACAUGCAAAGAUAUUGGAGGGCCUUCUUAAGCUUCCAGAAAAUAGGGAAUGUGCAGAUUGUCGGGGAAGGGCCCCAAGGUGGGCAAGCAUCAACCUUGGGAUAUUCAUCUGCCUGCAAUGUUCAGGAAUUCAUAGGAGUCUUGGGGUACAUAUCUCAAAGGUAAGGUCGACAACUUUGGACACAUGGCUGCCGGAGCAGGUUUCUUUUAUGCAAUGUGUAGGUAAUGAGAAGUCGAACAAUUAUUGGGAGGCAGAACUACCAGCAAGUGCAGAUAAAAGCGACAUUGCAAAGUUUAUUCGGACCAAGUAUCAGGACAAACAAUGGGCUUCUAGAUAUGCCUCUCAACCAGCACCAUCUAAUAUGAUUGUUGAAACAAGUGAAGUCGGAGGAAAAGCUGAUAUUCCAAGGAAAGCAAGAAAAUAUUCCUUGGAGGAGGAUGUUUUUAGUGCACAACCGCCACAAGUUCCUACAGCAACAAGAUCUCGUGGGGCUUCUUUGGACACGAUGGACGAAUUUCUUAAUUUACCUCCAAAAAAUGGUCUCAUCAGUGCCCCAUCUGUGAAGCACAAAGAAGAUACAAAGGAUCUCUUCAGUUUGCUCUAUGCCUCAGAGGCAAAACAAGAUCGCACUAUUGUGCCUCCAUCUCGCUGGGCAACUUUUGAGUGAGCUGAUGAGACCAAGAGAACCAGUUAAUUGUAUUCUAGCACUUCUGCAAUGGAUUAGAGUUCAUGGAUGAUAAGUCAAGAAACAGAGCUGCACUUCAACAUCAGGAGGAGCCUCUUUCACUUGUGAAGACUUGCUGGGAUUGUUAUUUGGGCUGAUAGUCUCUAUCCAUUGUUAUUAGUUUUCAUGGAUCAAGCAACAUUUAGAGACUAGAGAGUUCAUACUAGUUGCGUCCAAUAUGAUUAAUUAAAUAGUUGGCAACUGGAUUCUACCACUACUUGUGUCUUAAAGAUUAAUGUAUGGUUCAUUAUUUUUUCUGUAUAGAAAGUGAUUUCCUUCAUAUAAUACUACACUUUAUUUUGACCCUA